CUGAGCCCAAGGGGACUGAGCGAAAACAGGAAGUGCUGGUUCGACAAGCUGAGCUAGCCAGCUAGUUUUAGUGAGGUGGGUUAGCUUGGUGUUUAACUCUGUAGUCACAAUGGGACUGUUCGGCAGAACAACAGAAAGACCACCAAAAGAGAUGGUCAAUGAGUGGUCUCAAAAAAUCAGGAAGGAAAUGAGAGUGAUUGACAGACAAAUUCGAGAUAUCCAAAGGGAAGAAGAAAAAGUUAAAAGAUCCAUUAAAGAUGCUGCCAAAAGGGGCCAGAAGGAUGUGUGUGUGGUUCUCGCAAAGGAGAUGAUUCAGUCAAAACGAGCUGUCACAAAACUUUAUGCUUCCAAAGCCCACAUGAACUCUGUGCAACUCAGCAUGAAGAAUCAGCUUUCUGUACUGCGUGUAGCCGGGGCCAUGCAGAAGAGCACAGAAGUGAUGAAAGCGAUGCAGAACCUUGUCAAAAUCCCAGAGAUCCAGGCCACCAUGAGGGAACUAUCAAAGGAGAUGAUGAAGGCUGGCAUCAUUGAGGAAAUGCUAGAAGACACAUUUGAGAGCAUGGAAGAUGGAGAGGAGAUGGAGGAAGCAGCAGAGGAAGAAGUUGAUAAGAUCCUCUUUGAGAUCACAGCAGGUGCCCUUGGCAAAGCGCCAAGCAAAGUCACAGACGCCUUGCCUGAAAUAAAGCCUGCUGCAGCUGCUGCAGCUUCAGAUGAUGAGUCAGAGGAGGACAUUGAAGCGAUGCAGUCAAGAUUGGCAGCUCUGAGGAGCUAAGGUGAACCGCCAUUGUUCUGUCAAAGGCAGUCUGCUCACUCCAAUAACAACAGAGACAAUUCUGGGGCUGGCUUUACAGUGCUGAGCAUUCUCUCCGCUUCAUAUUAUAAUUAUUGUUUCACAUAAUCAUUUGGGGUUCAUUUUGUGCUAUGACAGUUAAUGUCUUUAAAAAGUUUUUUUUAUAGAAUGUUUGGUCUACUCAGCCAGACAAAAAUGUGUUUUUGCUUUUUGUCUUUUAUUAUCGGGGGGUAACCCUAGGUAAGUCUUUAUUAUCCAAAGUCAAACAGAAGGUAAUGGAAAGUGUAUAUAUUGUAAGUAUGAAAAGCCUGCUGUGCCUACAGUGCUUCGUCAUAUUCUUGUGUCCUAAGUUAUGGACCACUGGUGGAGGUACUCGGCUAUUUGUAAUCCAAAUAAGCGAUUAAAUAACCACCCUGCACUUAAAUCGCACCCGAGAUCACUAUUCAGAAGUUGUUCCAAUCUGUUAGGAUAUGUUUUGUAAGCAACAGCUGUUCUGUUUACUGGUAACUAGCCUACAUUAUCUGAAACACUAGAGUGGUGGUGAGAGAGGUGGGUGGCUUUCUCCUUUUGAUAGUUAAUUUUCUGUACAGUUAAAAUGCAUCCAUUCUAUAUGAGAUCAAACAUGUUAAGUGCACUCAUCAGAAAAAUGCACGCAUACUACACUAACCAUUUUUUUUGCGUUAACAUUCAGCUUGUUAAAUGUUUGACUUUGUAUCACGAUUGACUUCCUUCUCAGCAGGAAGAUGCAGAGGAAAUGGAGAGGUUGGUUAGUGCAGGACCUAUGUAUUGUGGAAGUAUUGUGUGUAUAAUUUUUCUAUGUGAAUGGGGGGGAAAUAAGGAAAUAAACUUUUAAGAACAAAGGUUGCCAAUAA